AUGAUCCAUUCCGCCCUCCCUGCACUGCUGCACGUUGCGGCGACGCCGCGUGCUGCCCCAGAGCUCGCGCUCGCGUCGCAUGCUGCCGACGCGGCUGCGCUCUUUGGCAACAUGCAGGGCACGGCGGCACUCCUCACAGGCGGCCUCGUGCCGCUCGCGAGCUUUGCCGGACCAAAGCCACAAUCCUCGGACUCGCCGAACACCGCGCGCCUGAAGCGGCUUCACAUGCUGGUUGCGUGGACGUCGCUUGUGUCGGAGCUCACCGCGAUAAUGUACGCAACCAUCGCCAGGAACGUGCUCUUGGAGGCGGCUGUGCCGCACACGCACAGCCUCAAGGAGCUGCUGUUGCGGGGAGAGUACGCGCUCGCGUGGACGGGAGUGAACUCGCACUUUCUGUUCGGGCUGCUCGGAUUCGUCAGCACCGUGAGUCUCAACGCGUGGCUCUCCUUCGGCUGUAACUGCGCCGGCGGACGCAUCGGCCCUGCGCUGGCGUGCGGCGCCUCGUCGGCGCUCCUGUUGAUGCUCUCGGUGGUCAACUCAGCGGUUGGCAAGGGCGAUGCGCAAUCGGUGCAGCACUUGCCGUCGCUCCUCGGCCUCUUCCAGCGCUACGCUUUUCUGCUGCUCGCCGAGGUCUUUGUGCGCCGUAAGAUGCUUAUCGGCAUUGCGAUCGCCCUCAGCGCGGUGGCGGUCGUGCAAGGCGCUCUCUGGGUCGUGCAGGUCCCAGGAGACUGACCUCAACGUGAGAUCUAUAGACUAAAGAGAGAGGAGUUUGUGUUGUUGUUGUGAGGAGCAGAACAAACCUUCCUCUCUCACACACUCACUGCUCUGUCUCACUGGCACAUGCCUUGAUAGCUUUUUGGCUUAA